AUGGCGGCUUCGUUAUAUGACAUCCUACCCACAUCGUACGGCGGACGAAGUGCUUUUGCGCGGCAGGACAUACCAAAGGGGACGUCGGUGUUGUCGUGCUCGGGCCCCUAUGCGAGUGUGAUCUUCUGGAAGUUUAGGCGGGAGGUGUGCGCGAUGUGUUUUGCGUAUGCGUUCGAGAGCGGGAAGAGCAAAUGGAGCAUCAAGCUUGGCGAGGACAGUAAAGGUGCGGGCGGGGUGUGGUUCUGCUCAGAAAAAUGUCGCGAUGCGUGUCUGCGCGAGUACGAGCUUUUCGAGGGCCAGGGCAUCGGGUGGUGGACCCAAAUCAACGCCGCAUUUGAGCGGCUCGUCAACCAGAUGGCGAAGCCCAGUAAACCGAAAACCAGCACCAAGAUCGCACCUGCUGCCCGCCUAGCGUUUCUGGAGGAUAUCUCGGCGGCGGAUGUGACGCAGGAGUUUGUCGAUAAGGCGUGGAUGCUCGCGGAGGAUGUGUCAUUGGAGGAGAGCAAACUUGGCUGGGUGGAGGUGUUGACCGAAUUCGAGAUGGACACGGCGCGGUUCGUUCUUGACGGGAUCGUCAGAAAGGUUGCGGAGGACGUUAACCCUGCAUUCCCUGCAUUGGACCGCGUAUCCUCAGGGCGUGAUGGCUACUGUUUAGGUGCUGGUCGGUGGGUGGAUAUGCUGGAACUGCAAGAUAACGAGCUGUCACUCGUCAUCUCAAAACCCUACAUUCUGACCUCACGGAUACGCAUAUACCGAUUUCUGAGGCAUUUAGCGACAUCUCUUUCAUCACAGCGCAAAUCUACUAGCGGUUCCUCGACACCUCGGGGAGGAGCUAACUCCACACCGCCCUUACUACCUUUCGCUUCGAUUACAGAUAAACUUCGAGACUGUUUAUCGACGUCCGCAGAGGCGCGUGCAAUAAUGGCGCGCGAUCAUGGAAAUGUAUUCGGCAUCUGGGACAUGACUACAGAGGACGAGGGGAGCGAAAUGCUAGGUUGGGGUGCCUAUGUUUUUGGGUCAUAUUUCAAUCAUGGUGAAUCAUUUUUAGAUUUUGGUGUGUCACGUAUCGUUAAUCGUCUUUUUUCAACAGAUUGUGCACCUAAUCUGAAGAAGUUCAGAAAUGGACGAGCUAUCCAGUUCUAUUCACUCAGGGACAUUCGUGCCGGAGAGGAGCUGUGCAUCAGUUACGUCGAUGAGACGAACCCUUCCGUCCUCGAGAGAGCUCGAAUGUUGGGUGCAGAUUGGUUCUUCGAUUGCCGUUGUGCAAGAUGUGUUCAGGAACUGGAAGCACUUGCGAUUGCCGGUUGA